AUGAUAAUAGACAUUCGCAUCAUCCCAUGGUUAUGCAUAACCUAUCUAGUCAUGCGCAUCGACAUCAACAAUAUCUCCAACGCUGCUAUCAUCAACAUUGAACAAGGACAUGGGAUCAAGAAACAACUGCACCUGAGUACGCAAGAUUGGAAUUGGGUCGUUUCGUGUUUCUUCUAUCCCUAUGCUGCUUUUGAGCCGGUAUCCACGCUCCUGAUGAAACGGACGACACCGAGCUUCUGGAUCGGGCGAAUCAUGAUAACAUGGGGUAUCAUCGUCAUGUGCAUCGCGUCCGUGCAAACCUACGAUGGUCUCAUAACUUGCCGAGUCCUCUUGGGUGCCGCCGAAGCGGGGUACUACCCCUGCGUGAUAUACUACCUCGCUUUCUGGUUUAGACCAGAAGAGCUGGCUCUCCGAGUCGCUGCGUUCUACUCGUUCGGCCAGGUCAGCGGUUUUGUGGGAGGUUUCCUAGCAUUUGCGAUUUCGUAUGCGGAUGGGGUUCUAGCGGGAUGGAGGUGGCUCUUUAUUAUCGGCAAGUCAGAGGGUAUACCGGCCAUCCUAAUGGGGGUGACGACUCUCUUCAUACUCCCCGAUUUUCCGCAGACAGCUACAUUCUUGACUGAGCGCGAACGAGCGACGGUAAUCGAUCGGUUGUCUAGAGAUGCUCCUUCGAAGGAGGGAAAGACUUGGGAUAAGGGUGAGGUGUGGAGGCUCUUUGCGGACCCGACGUUCUGGACGUUCUCUGCGGUGUGGUUUUGCCAUGCUGUGGGAGGAUUCGGGUUGUCGUAUGUCCUGCCUACAGUGAUAUACGAGCUUGGGUUUACAACGACGGCGCUGAGCAACGUCCUCUCUAUGCCCCCAUCUCUGAGCACAUUCGUGUUGCUGAAUACGCUGGGAUGGCUCAUCCAGAAACGUUUUUGGAACCCCUUCCGGAUAGCUAUAGGACUGGAAUUUACUAAUAUCAUCUGCUGUAUAAUACUUCUCACCGUAAAAGUGACUGUGGUGCGUUACCUGGCACUGUUGGUAGCAACAGCGACUGCUGGGUCGGUAUAUGCCGUGCUCUGGCCAAACCGUGUUGAAGCUGCGCGGGGAACAUCAGCCGCUGGGAUGGCAAUAGGGAUUACCAACGCCAUUGCACAGUUCUCUGGUAUCCUUGGGCCGCAGGUCUUUUCUGGUAUAUACGGACCGUCGUACAGGGUCUCGUUUUCUGUCUGUGUGGGCCUUUUGGCGGGUGCAGUGGUGUCGAUUGGGGCGUCUGCUGUGUUGUUGCGCCGAUUGUGGGGAGAUGGGAGGACUGGCAGUGGUAGUAUCUCAUCAAAGGGGAAUAUUGACGAAGUGAAGUAAAUCAAAUUCCUAUAUUUGGUGCAGAACUCGAAUUCUCUAGAGGCAAAAAUGUCGAGAAGGAUGUUUUUUGCGAGGCAAAAGAUAGCUUGAGGCAUCUUUACCAGACUUGUGCACGGGAAGUAACAGCGGGAAGGAC